AGGGGCUCCGCUGCUCCUCCUGCCUCGCCCGCCCGCUCUCACCCGCCCGCCGUUUCUCCGCAGGCAUGGUGGCCGCGCUGUAGGAGGGCCGGGAGCCGCGGCGAUGGAGGAGAGCGCUUGAGUUUGCCUGCGGAGGCGUUCCGUGUGUGCCAGACGUGAAGCAGCUAUAGCUAUUGCAUGAUACCCUCUUACAAAUGAUUUCAAAUACCUUAGCUCAUGUGUUCAUUCAAGCUUUAUUGGUCUAAUGGUUGUCUGGAGCAACAGUGGAAAUGGAACAGUGAUAGUGAUCUGUGCCAUAUCUGAAUGUUCCUUAAAAUACUGAAGUGCCCAAGAGAAGGAUCAGAAAUAAAAUGUAGUUCAUGAAGAGUUCUGUGGAGAUUGAUGGACCUUCCUGCCUGUGCAUGGACUUCUGAUUAGAGUGACUACCUCUGCAAUUAAUAAUUCAGCUUCCUCCUGCCAUUGCUUCCCCUAGAACCUCUUCUAUUUCUGCAGUUCUUUUAACUGAGGCGCAAGUGAGAAGUUACGUGAUCAAAGAGAUGGGAUGAGUUGUAGAUCUGGAAAUACAACUGAAGCCAUGGUGUCAUGGAAGGGGAUGUACUUUGCACUUGCACUAUUCUUGGGAAGUUUCUUUGGAAGUAUCUUCAUGCUGGGCCCUUUUCUGCCUUUGAUGUUUAUCUCGCCAGCCUGGUACCGCUGGAUCACUGACUGCAUUGUGGCCACUUGGCUCACACUCCCUGUGGCCUUGCUGGAAAUGGUGUGUGGUUCCAAGGUGGUUGUCACUGGAGAUGGCUUUGUUCCUGGAGAAAGGAGUGUCAUUAUCAUGAACCAUCGCACACGAAUGGACUGGAUGUUCCUGUGGAACUGCCUGCUGCGAUACAGCUACCUCAGACUUGAAAAAAUCUGUCUCAAAUCCAGUCUCAAAAGCAUUCCAGGAUUUGGCUGGGCGAUGCAGGUUGCAGCCUUUGUUUUCAUUCAGAGAAAGUGGGAAGAUGACAAGAGUCACUUUGAAAAAAUGCUGGAUUAUUUCUGUGACAUUCGUGAACCACUACAACUCCUCAUCUUUCCAGAGGGAACUGAUCUCACAGGUGACAACCUCGAUGCCAUUCACGACAUAACCGUGGCGUACCCCCAAAACAUUCCUCAGACAGAGAAGCACCUCCUGCAAGGAAACUUCCCCCGGGAGAUCCACUUCCACGUCCAGAGGUACCCCAUAGAGACAGUGCCCACUUGCAAGGAGGAGCUGGAGCGCUGGUGCCGGCAGCGCUGGGAGGAGAAGGAGGAGAGGCUGCGGCGCUUCUACGAGGGCGGCAGGCGCUUCGGCGCGGCGGGGCAGGGCGCGGUGCCGCCCUGCAAGUCGGAGCUCAGGGUGCUGGCGGUGAAGUGCGCCUCGCUGCUCUACUGGACGGCGUUCCCGCUGGGCGCGCUGGCGCUGCUGUACCUCUGCAGCUUCGCACAGUGGUACUGCGCGGCCAUGCUCGUCUUCUUCGUGGUGCAGCAGAAGGUCUUCGGCGGGCUGGAGCUCAUUGAACUCGCUUGCCACCGCUAUUUGAAAAAGCAGCAGAAGUUUCGUGAGGCGAAAGUAAAAAUCAAUUAGUUCUAGGCUAGUGGAAGGGUGGUUUUGAGAUGCCCUGCUAAUUUUAUGCAUUUUAUGCACAGGGAACAAUUUUUGCAUGAGAAUUGUCUUUUACUAUUGCCAUCGUUAGACAUUUGCACAUGAUUCUGUGAAGAGAAAGAAAAAUGUUAGUUAUUGCUACACGUGAAAAUGGUAGUUUUUAAUCUCUGAAUGUAAUUUCGACAUUGCUCUCACAAGCAGCUAGCAACUGCAUUCAGCUGUCGUUAAGAAACAAAUUGCUGGAUUGCUGAACAAUCAUAAGGACAUUAAUAAAUGUGACAUGCACUGAAGUUUCAUGUAGAAACCCAAACAGUUCAGCAAAGAGAGGCAGAUGUAAUAUUUCUUUAGAGUCACAUUGUGUGAAGUAAGCAUCGAAUUUGGAAAACUGCUAAGUUUUGAUGGUAGGUGAAAGUUGAAGGAGAGAUUGUUCUGUUUCUUUUUUCUGUUUCAAAUACUCAAACUUAUUUUGAAGUAAUAUUUUUGCAUAAGCUUUUCCAAACACUACUGAACCUACCAAGUAUUCAACUAUUUUGGCUUGGUCACUCAGGAGGAUUUUUAAGCCUUGCAGUCUUGUGUCAUAGUACAGAAAGCAUUACAGUGCUCACUCUGCCUCCAUUUAAGUGUUUGCUGAUUAUUUAAUAGACCUAAGUUUUAUAUCUCACUGUUUCAUACUGUUCUAGUCUCCCUGUUAGCUGUGGGAGACUUAUUCCUACUGUAGUAUGUAGAGCUGCAGGAUAGGGGAGCUGGGUUUUUUAUUAGUUUAUUGGUAUUUUUUUUUCUCACAGAGGCAAAAAUAGCUGUUUGUCUCUGAGUAACUGGAAAAUGUUUUUCAAAAAGGUUUCCUUGUAUCCUUGUAGACAUUCUUUGGUUGAAAACAUUUUAUUUAGUUUUCAGAGCAGACAAAAUACUUUUUUUUUUUCCUUUAAUUUUUUUUUUAUUAAUUUUGGUUCCUUUGGCAUUUCAGUGUCCAUGUACAUAAGCAGGAGGACUGCUUGUUCCAUGCAUGUCAGAUAGCCCUGCUGAAAUGCAAUGGUUCUUUCCUUGUUGGUACAAGAGAUGGGUUUGAAUUUUAGACUUAGCACAGGGAAGAGCUGCAUCUUCCCUCUGCAUACUGGCUUUGUUUGCAUGAUGACAUCAUUACUUUUUCAACCUUCUUCACAGCUUUUUUUCCCUUAUUUUCACGACAUUCAGAAAACCUGAACAUUUAAAUGCAGACAAAGCACUUUCAAGUGUACCCCUUGUCAUAUAUAGUAAAAGUGAUGUUCAAGCUCACGUAGAAAAAGACAAAAACAUUUCCAGCACUUCAGAGACAUUUCAGGUCUUCACGUUAAAUUGUUUUGCAACCUCCGAAAUUUUAGACAACUUGAUCAAUUGUAUUGCUGCAAAACCUUCCUGACUUACUAAAUAUUUGGUUUCUGUUGCAUGAGGGCUUGUUUGAGCUGGACCCAGAUGGCUGGCUCAGUUUGUUGAGUGGUGUUGUCAUGACAUGUGAAAGUCCAGAGUGCAAAAUGUAUCUUGUACUGUGCUGGGUAUCCAAAGUGUUGGGUCAGCAUGGUGGACACAACUGUUUGCUUCUAAGUUACAACACUGAGCAUGUUGUCUAAUGUGUUUGUUUCAAAGACCAUUUUUUGAACUAAUCACCAGCCUCUAUUCAACUGUCCCUUGCAAGGUGACAAGUCUUUUUUAAUCUAUGCUUACAAUAACUAAUUGUUUAUUAUGUGCAAAGUACUUGAAGCCAUCUGGUUUACUCCAAUUUUUUAAGCCCUUUUUUCUUAAAAAAUAAAUAAAAGUAGGUUUCUAUUUAGGGUUAUGUUUCUUAAUGAUUUUUCAUAUUUGUAUUUGUGUACCUGACAACUGGUGUUGCAUUGUCAUGAGUGAAGGAUGUAAUUUCUGCACCUUGAGGUCUUUUUUUAAAGCAAUUCUGUGAUAUCACAGGCAUGGUUGCAGCUUAAACCUCCAUAGCCUGUUUUUUCUUCAGCUAAUCUCCUGCACAUUCAGGUAACCCACUGCAAGGGAAAACCUAAAAACCUCAUUUGUGGUUAAUGCGGAGGAGACCUUCCAGCUUCUUCCAGUCUGUCCUGAGCCACGGCUGUGCUUUCAUACCAGGAGUAACCAUAGCCAGCCUCCUCCAACAGCCUUAACAUCAUCUUCAGGAAUGACUUCAGAGGACAGGUUCCAUGUGUUGGUGACAUAAAAUACCAGCUACGUUUUUCUCAGCUGGUCAGAGAACUUUGUGGUGUCAUCAGAUAUACUGGGAACAUCAGUGUGAGUCUUGGUCAUGGCAAGCUACAGGAUUUAUGUCUCUCUGUAAUUAAAGUUGGGCUCUGAAAAUGAAGUCAGUGCAAUCCAUCAUUUACCCUUACAAGGGAUUUUCUCCCAGCAGGAGCCAAACAUGUAACCUACUGUAAUGUGGUAAAAACAUCCUGCAAAAUUUGUAAUUAGUCUUCCUCUCUCGUGUUUGGAUCAAAGAGAAAGAAUAAUCUGUUUGUCAGCUGGUAAUGUGUUUGCAGUGCCCAACUCCAUGAUGCAGUGAGUGGUAAGUGGAGAAUCCUCCUCUCACAGGGAAGGGUGUUGGCUUUGUGUCUGAUGUAAUUAUUUAGAUUAUGUGCAUCACAGGUCAGUUAGAAAUGCAAGAUGGAAAAAAUGUUGAAUGAAAACUAAAAGUUUUGUGGAUAGAGAAGCUUCUUUGUUUAAAAAGUGAUUAAGGAACUGGAGGAAAAAUUUUCUGUGAAUGCUUUUUUUUCCCUCUGGUGAAAAUGUAGCUUUUUAAUCAAAAGGUUCUGAUACACAGAUUUCUUGGAGAUUACUUUGUUCCUACCCUGUCUUACUUUUCAAAGAUCACUAAAGUGGCAUUUAGGGACGUGGUUUAGUGGUGGAUUUGGCAGUGCUGGGUUUAUAGUUAGACUCAGUGAUCUUUUCUCACCUGAAUCAUUCUGGGAUUCUGUGCUGGGUAAAUCACUUGGAAAUUUUUUCAGUACUGUUGGGAUGAAGGUGCUUAUCCACCAGGAAUCACAUAGCCCUCUCCAUGGGACAUGGAUUGGCACUGGCUCUCCUCUCACUCAGCAGCAGGUUUGUCCCUGUUCACCUUCUCUUGUGGUCCCAGCAGAUGCCCCUCUGAACUCUGUCAGCAGGGCCUACAGGUCUUGCAUACAUUGUUUGGGAUCAAGGCUGUGCUUUAAGGAUGCUGUUCCCCUCUGCUCAAUCAGAUGUUUCCUCAUCAGCAUCAGGGGGUUUCUUUCUCUCUGCUCAGAACAGAAGGUUGAAAUCCUGCCAUCUGUGUGUGUCAUCAGGCUCAUAUGGGUAGCAGGAUGUCAGACCAAGACAUUUUUCUCUUGACUUCAAAGCUGCAAGGCCCAAAGCUGGUCUGUUGUCUUGAUCAUAGGAAAUGUAGUUCCUAGUUUUCUGCAUUGCAUCAGUUGGUGUUGUUUAAAAAAGAUCUGUGUUUUAAUAACUUGAUUUUAUAUGUGCACUGUGUGAAAAGAAACACCAGGACACUACAAACCUACAGAAAGCCUUAGUUUUCAGAUUUCACUGAUGAUAUUAUUAGAAUGUUUUAACCAUGUAUCAGUUACUCUACAGCCACAAUAAAGACCUGAAGCAUUGCA